UCAGUAUGAUUGCCUUAGUCUUGUCGCGAGAAGCGAGGUUGUACUUUUUGUGCUGUCUGAAGCAUGUCCGGCCGCGGGAAGCAGGGAGGCAAAGUCCGGGCCAAGGCCAAGUCGCGCUCGUCGCGGGCCGGGCUGCAGUUCCCCGUGGGCCGCGUGCACCGGCUGCUGCGCAAGGGCAACUACGCGGAGCGGGUGGGCGCGGGAGCGCCCGUCUACAUGGCGGCCGUGCUGGAGUACCUGACGGCCGAGAUCCUGGAGCUGGCGGGCAACGCGGCCCGCGACAACAAGAAGACGCGCAUCAUCCCCCGCCACCUGCAGCUCGCCAUCCGCAACGACGAGGAGCUCAACAAGCUGCUGGGCAAGGUGACCAUCGCGCAGGGCGGUGUGCUGCCCAACAUCCAGGCCGUGCUGCUGCCCAAGAAGACAGAGAGCCACAAAGCCAAGAGCAAAUAAGCUCAGAGAACAAAGCUGCUUGGACUUUCAACAAAAUAACAUUAUAACUUAAAGGCUCUUUUCAGAGCCAACCACACAAUCAGAAGAAGAGUUGUGUUGCUUUUUUAGAAAAGUACUUCUGUGCUAGGUGGUAUUUCUACAGAGCAUGUGUUAGGUGCUCUAGUAGUCUGUAUCUUCAGUGAAAACACUAGUGAUUUAUUGAUCAUGUGUCUUGUAGCAGGAUUGGCAAAACACUUGUUUUUACUGUUGGAUCUCGAUUUUCAUGACUUUUCAGGCUGCUUAAGGUGUGAAAUAGAGGGGGGUUGGCUAAAAGAUUGGGGGAGCGGAAAAGGCUAUGCAGAUAUAUAGAUAAAUAAAUAGAGCAUCUUAAACCCACAUAAAUACAUCUAAGAAUGAGAAAAGGCUUCUUUUGUAUGCUUUUUCUUCAAAAGAUGUAAUGGUUUGCUGUGACUUAACUUUAUUUAGAAAUAAAAUGAGAAAUUCUGUA